UUCCUGCCUUGGCGCAUUCUGGCUCGUCGCUCCUCUUCGCCAUGGGUUAGCUUCUGCUUCCUCCCUGCCUCCCCCUGCUCCUCCUUCGAUUUUCCUGAAUGCGUGUGAUCCCAGUUCUAUUUCUUUGUUGAUACUCCGUGCAGCUGUAAUGUAGCUCUAGUGGUGUUUACUUCCAUCUCUUGCGAUCGCGCCAGCAGGGUUUGGUGCAUCUGGAACGUGGGGAAUUUCAUCUGCCGCGUGCUGUUUUUUUCUUCCAGAGCUUGGUAUUUAAGGGCCGGGAACAAAAUGCAGUCAUCGUAGCAAUGGCAUUGGUACGAUUGAUGAUAAUUGGUUCCAGGAUGAGCGUAAAUCUUGUGGCAUGGCAAAGCAGUAACAUGUCUGCCGCUGUCCGAUUUUAUUAUCAAGUUUCGUUUUAGUGAACUGCAGCCAAGAUCAAGGUGCACGAGUUUCGCACGAAGAGUAAGAAUGAUCUCCUCAUUCAAGUCUGUCAACUUCGUGUAAGUACUACUACAUUUUUGGCUCCUGCCAACUAAUGUAGACAUGGCCGAGGUUAAAAUCAUCGCACAUUCAACUGGAAUAUCAUCUGAUGCAUCUCAAAUGUACCAUCUUUGGUGAUGUUUAUAAUCGAUUUACACGUACAUCACAACCACAUGGUUAUUUUUCAGAAACUUUACCACUGAGUUCUUCUUGGUAUAUGACCCUACAGAGCGCGUUGGACUGUUAUAAAUCUCAAUGUAUUUCACAAUUCCGAGGUGCCAAAUUGUUGGCCCUGUGAUUUGAUCACAAUCGAAGGAUCUGAUAGUAAAGCUUGUCUCGUUUAGAGUCGCCAAAGUGACUGAAGAGCUGCGAAACAACAACUCAUCGAAUAUUAUUGGAAGCUAGCAGGCAAGGGAAGACAUAAGAGCAUGGCAAUGGACACUCGAAGUCCACUGGGGAUGAUGGGAUUGAGAGCGUUGGCUGGGGCUCAGCAACAGUGGGGUAACGAUUCUGCUGGAAAUGGGUUGCUUGCUAUGACAGGUACAUCUCAGGAGUCAAGAGAUGUUGAUUCCGAGAGACAAAUACAUACCUUGCCUCUGGUUGUUACCCUGAAUUGCCUGGAAGACUGUCGACUUGAGGAAGAUGCUCUUGCUGGCAUCGCACAUGUUCGGCAUGUAGGUUUAACGCAGCUUACUGAGGGGAAGAUCGAGACUGCGGUUGCGGUGUUGAUUUCUUCUUUGGCAUACCUGCCCAGCGCAGCGCAGAGGAGAUUGCAACCCUGGCAGCUCGUUUUGUGUUUGAGCAGUGUGGAUAAGGCAGUGGACACAGCAUUAGCUUCCGAACUGGGACUGCAAUUGAUUCAUGUGGAUAGUAAGCGUGUUGAAGAGGUGGCUGACACCACAUUAGCCUUGAUGCUGGGGCUGUUACGCCACACACAUGUCUUGGCCAGGAAAGGUCAUGAUAGUGCUGCAGGGUGGUUGGGAGCUACCAAAUCCGUGUGCACCGGUAUGCAUCGCUGCAAAGGCCUGGUCGUAGGGAUCAUCGGGGCAUCUAUAACAGCAUGCGCUGUCGCUGUUCGUUGCCAUGCAUUCCGGAUGCUGGUUAUAUAUUUUGACCCAGAGAAUGUAGAAGGUCAGCAGGGAGGCACGAGAUUGCUGCCUGUAUCUGCAAAGAAGGUUAAUAGUCUGAAAGAGCUGCUUGCUUCCAGUGAUAUAAUAUCUCUUCAUUGCGGACUGAGUAAUGAAACCGUGCAGCUUAUAAAUGCUGAAUCUUUUGAAUCAGUAAAGUCAGGUGCAAUUCUUGUAAACACUAGUAGCAGCCACUUGCUUGAUGAUUGUGCAGUGAAACAGGCAAUCAUAGAUGGUAAGUUGGCAGGCUGUGCACUGGACGGUGUUGAAGGACCUCACUGGCUUGAAGCUUGGGUGAGGGAAAUGCAAAACGUGCUGGUACUACCUCGUAGCGCAGAAUACAGUGAGGAUGUUUGGCUCGAAAUCCGAGCGAAAGCUGUGGCAGUACUGCGCUCUUAUUUGGUCACAGGUGUGUUAUCAGCAGAUGCUACUUCUGAUGAUGACGAAUACUACGUAAAUUUCACUCAAGCACCUCGCCAGGAAAUUUUAGCGGAGACCUUAAAUGGAAAGGAAGAGUCUAGGCAUCGGACUGAGGAAACGACCUCCGGAUCUGAACACAGGCGUAGUCCGAUGAUCUUUCAGGCCCAGGAUCUACGUUCGCUUGGUCAAGACUCAGAUAUAGACAGCCCUAAUUUAAAGCAGUAUGAGGGACAUCUGAAUCAAGGCAGAGGAUCUGGAAAGAAGGCAAAAAAGCGGUCCGGGCGGCGGAAAUCUAUACAUAAUCUGGAUGCUUUUCAAGUGCAAGAAAGGGAACCUGACUGGAUUACAACGCCAAGAGAUGAUCAGGGUGCUAGUGUGAGUACACGAGAUAACAAGCCUAGCUCUGAUUCUCGAUUUGGCUCACCAGGAGUCGCAAAUCCUAAGGCUGUCAAUGACAAUCCACUAAAUGGGAGAGAGCAAGUGAAUAGCAUGGCAUCUAUGGGGUUUGCCAUAGACCAACUGAAAGAAGGUUACGUUGUAGCUUUACAUGGAGUAUCAGGGGGUGGUUACUACGUGGCUCGACAACGUGGCCCUGGCCGAGGAUGGUGCUUAGAUAUUAUGUUUGAUGUUACCCCUCGAGACCCUGCAUCCCAGUUUCUUGUUGUAGUUCGCAAUAGGGAUCGUAUUGGGCUGAGAUCCUUAGCAGCAGGUGGUAAACUUCUUCAGGCUAAUAAGAAGCUGGAGUUGGUGUUUGUGAACCAUACAUUUGAUGUGUGGGAAAGCUGGAUCGUGGAAGGACGUCACCUAGAUAACUGUAGUCUGACAAACAGCAGGUUUCGCUCGGUCACCUUGCAAGUAUCUAUGAAGAUUCUUGCAGCUGUAGGCGAAGAAGAUGGCAUUGCUCGCUGGCUCAGCUGAGUCCAGUCGCAUAAUACAUGAUUUAUAUCAUUCUCAACAUGCGUAUGAUGCAUUGCUAUGUUCUCUGUGCUGCAGUGAAUUAAGCGACAUUUGAUUUUCCCCAGUAAUGAUCAAUGGACUAAAAUGUUAGAUAACGAUUCUGCUUGAUCAAAAUCUUUGGAUUUUGUUGUGGGCUUCUAUUGUCUGCUAUGAAGCAGUUAAUGAUAUAGUCCUUGGUCAA